AUGGGAAAACUGUCAAAACUAGGCCUAUUCUGCUUUUGUCUUUGUGUGACAAUAGUCUUAAUAAUAGCUGGAUUAGUUGGCUGGACUGUGUAUUGGUUCACCCACAAGCAGUUUACGCUAAAUGGAUUUAGCUUAGUUCGAAGAGAGCAAAGUGCUGCUGUCAGUGGAAUGUUCUACUGUGAUGAAAAGCCGGCCAGUGGGGUGGUAAGUCAAACUUUCAAGUUUUAAAGCACUAGUCCAGAGUCUUAGCCCAGAGCUCUAGCCCAGAGACUUAGUUCAGAGCCCUAGCCCAAAGCCCUAGCCGAGAGCCCUGGCCCAGGGCCCUAGCCCAGAGACUUAGUUCAGAGCCCUAGCCCAAAGCCCUAGCCCAAAGCCCUAGCUCAAAGCCCUAGCCCAGAGACUUAGUUCAGAGCCCUAGCCCAAAGCCCUAGCCCUAGCUCUUGCUCCAACAUUAGUUUUAGCUCUAUCUUGAGCUAUACCUUUAACCCGGGCAUUAGCUUAAUAUUAAUCUAGUCUCUACCAUAGCCUGGACUUAAUUUGUAAACAUUUUUACUAUUUUUUAAGCCUAGCCCUAUCAUAGUCUUAUCUUAACAUGCCUUUGGUUUCAUUUUUAAAAUUUACAGAAAGUGAAGUUAUUCGACAGCGAUCGUCUGGGAGUGGAUGACUUAAUGGACGAGGCUUUUACGAACCUUACCGGUCAAUUCUACUUGACGGGUCACACCAAAGAGUUUAGUGCUAUUGAACCUAAACUUAACAUGUAAGUUUUGUCAUAGGUACCGACACAAAGAACCCACCAUUUUUUACACGAAAUUAGUGGAAAAGCAUGGCGGGUUCUUUAUGUCGGCGCCUAAUACAUAUUCAAAAACGUUUUUGUGGUAGAAUAGGGUAGGGCUGGGUAAGACAGAUUGGGGUAAGGGUAAAAAAUUGUUUCCCACCUUUUUUAAAUUAGCAAAAGCUUUCGUAUUUUACAAAAAAUUUGUGUUUUUGAUAACUUAAUCAGUUUAAAAAAAGGUUUUUUGGAAGUAAGACGUUAUCAAUUGUAAUUGUACGUCAAAAACAUUCUGAUGAAAUCUUAUCUGCUUUCAUCAUGUUAUAGCAACAAAUUAUAAACAUGAUCUGUACUUUCUAGCAUGUACUUGAGAUGCCAGAAGGAAAAAAUCUUUAAAAAUAACAAAUUAAAAUUUUAAAUUUUAAAAAACUUAAAAUUAAAAAUUUGUGAUUUUAAAGGAAGUUCUUGCCAUUAUUAUGUUUUGUAAAAAAAGUUCUUGCAAUUGUUUAUUUUGUAAAGAAAGUUCUUGCCAUUUUUUAUUUUGUAAACGAAUUUUUUGCCACUUUUUAGAUUGUAAAGAAAGUUCCUGCCAUUUUUUGUCUUGUAAAGAAAGUUCUUUCCACUAUUUUGAUUUGUAAAGAAAGUUCCUGCCAUUUUUUGUCUUGUAAAGAAAGUUCUUGCCACUAUUUUGAUUUGUAAAGAAAGUUCCUGCCAUUUUUUGACUUGUAAAUAAAGUUCUUGCCAUUUUUUGUUCUGUAAAGAAAGUUCUUGUCAUUUUGGGUUUUUUAAAGAAAGUUCCUGCCAUUUUUUGACUUGUAAAUAAAGUUCUUGCCCUUUCGGGUUUUGUAAACAAAGUGUCUGCCAUUUUUUAGAUUGUAAAGAAAGUUCUUGUCAUUUUGGGUUUUGUAAAGAAAGUUAUUGCAAUUUUUUGUUUUGUAAAGAAAGUUCUUGCCAUUGUUUGUUCUGUAAAGAAAGUUCUUGUCAUUUUGGGUUUUUUUAAAGAAAGUUCUUGCUAUUUUUUGGUUUGUAAAGAAAGUUCCUGCCACUAUUUUGAUUUGUAAAGAAAGUUCCUGCCAUUUUUUAUUUUGUAAAGAAAGUUCUUGUCAUUUUUUGUCUUGUAAAGAAAGUUCAUGACAUUUUGGGUUUCGUAAAGGAAGUUAUUGCUAUUUUAUGUCCUGUAAAGAAAGUUUUGUCAAUUUAAAAAAUUUUUUUUUUAAAACUUUUGUGGAUAACGGACGUUUGUUCAAAAAUCCAAAUUUUCAGUUAUCAUCGCUGCGGACGUCGAUUCGGUAUCUGUAAGCAAAAGAUCACAAUUCAUAUACCAGAUGACUUUAUCUGUAAUGGGGACACAUGUAAUAAUGUGUUUGACAUCGGCACGCUGAACCUAAAUGCCAAGUACAGUGGUCAGAAGAGGGAUUGCAUCAACUAG